UUGCACAAUUUUCUUCAUCCCAUCAUCCAGUUGAAUCUGUAUUUCUCAUCUAGCUCUCUGCAUCCUGUCCUAGUUUCCCAAGAUAUGGCUAAAGAUCACUAUUCUUCUGCUCAGUCUGAUCAGCCUCUUCCCCUACACCUUUGCUGUUUCCUUGCUAUACUCUUCAUGUUUAUUGCCUUCUCAUGGUACAUCAACUAUGAGCCUGUGUUGGAUAGUAUGUUCGAUCAGCUCAAAUUGAUUCUAAUGGUGUCCCCUUUGCUGCUUCUACUAGCCGUCCAUUGGCUUUCCAGCGACUUGGGCAGGCAGUUUCCAUCUCUGAUACCUUUGCCGCAGCGAGACUCACUUCACAGAGCUGGAGGAACUCCUUGGGGAGUUGGGUUUCUCCUGGUUUUCUUCUUUUUCAUGAUAUCCUACCAGUCCUACUUCCAUGAACGCUGGUUUCCUCUUCUGAGCAGAUGAUGAAGUUAAUGGUCUCUUUGUAUUGUGUAAUUUGUAUCUGUUGUACCUAGUUGCCAUGGCAAGGCUUCCAGAUUUUGUUUUGUUGUCUUGUAAUCUAAAUUUUGUAUAAAUCCAUCUGGGUGUUACUCUUUUCUGACUGAAAAUUUUUGUGUUGCCAUUUUUUGUU